GGAGACACGUGCUGUUGGAUAUGUGACAACUGUGAGCCAUAUGAGUAUGUGUUAAAUGAGUUUACAUGCAAGGACUGUGGACCCGGCUAUUGGCCAUACUCGGAUAAGCUAUCUUGCUAUGCAUUGGAGGUCAAAUAUAUACGUUGGCAAUCUUUAUUUGCUCUAAUACCUUUGGCGAUUGCAUCAUUAGGCAUCAUAAUGACAGUUGCCGUCAUUGCCUUAUUUGCUCAAAAUCACGAUACACCGCUUGUAAGGGCUUCAGGAAGAGAAUUAAGCUAUACUUUACUCUUUGGCAUUUUGUUUUGCUAUUGCAAUACAUUUGCAUUGAUAGCCAAGCCUACAAUUAUAUCGUGUGUUCUACAACGAUUCGGUAUUGGAGUUGGGUUUUCUAUCAUUUAUAGCGCACUGCUAACCAAAACCAACAGAAUAUCACGCAUAUUCCAUUCAGCGUCAAAAUCGGCUCAGCGUCUUAAAUAUAUAAGUCCCCAAUCUCAGGUGGUAAUAACGGUAUCCCUUAUUGCUGUUCAAGUUCUCAUCACGAUGAUUUGGAUGAUAGUGGAACCGCCGGGAACACGUUUUUAUUACCCAGAUCGAACUGAAGUUAUUUUGAAAUGCAAAAUUCAAGAUAUGUCAUUUUUAUUCUCUCAAUUGUACAACAUGAUACUAAUAAUGAUUUGCACAAUUUAUGCAAUUAAAACUCGCAAAAUACCAGAAAAUUUUAACGAAUCCAAAUUUAUUGGAUUCACUAUGUACACUACGUGUAUUAUAUGGCUGGCGUUUGUUCCAAUUUAUUUUGGAACCGGAAAUUCGCAUGAGGUACGUUUUCAUUAUAAAAAAAAUAAAGCUCACAUAAAGAACGGAUAUAAUAAAAAAAAAAAUAUUAAACUAAGUUUGGACCUCUAA